UGAUCAUCUUAUUUAGUAAUUCGAAGAUGUCCACAAAAUCUUCAUCGGUAGCACCACUAGAUUACCUUUCCUUCCUCUACUUGCUGGUCUUCUUUGCAGCAGUGUCUGCUGUGAUGUGCCAGUCCAACCAAGGAUCCAUCGGAGUGUGCAAUGGCCGUCUCGGCUCUGACUUACCGCCCGAACAGGAAGUUGUCGAGCUCUACAAAACCAGCGGCAUCAAGAGAAUGAGAAUCUACGACCCCAACCAAGCAACUCUCACAGCCCUCCAGGGAUCAGGCAUAGAACUCGUGCUUGACGUCCCUAACGCGGACCUUGAAUCCCUUCAAUCCGAUGCAACACAUUGGGUCCAAACUAACGUCGUGCAAUACUUUCCAGCGACCAGAAUACGUUACAUCGCUGUGGGGAACGAAGUAGACCCUGAAAAAGAGACGUCAGGUUUCGUCCCGUUGGUUCUCCCCGCCAUGCAGAACAUAUACAAAGCACUCUCACAAUUCGGCCUGCAGGACCAAAUCAAGGUCUCAACCGCCACAUAUUCCGCCCUGUUGAUGAACACUUCUCCGCCCUCGAACGCUAUCUUCAAGGAUAUGGCCUUCAUGGAGCCCAUCAUAAGUUUCUUGGCACAAACCAGAGCUCCACUUCUUGCCAACAUAUACCCUUACUUCGCCUAUAUUUACAGUCAAGGCGUGGAGCUUCCAUACGCUUUGUUCACUGCUCCAGGAGUAGUCGUCCAGGACGGCCCAUACGGAUACCAAAACCUGUUUGAUGCAAUGGUGGAUGGAGUGUAUUCUGCUCUGGAAAAAGCCGGAGGGGGCGACGUUGAGGUCGUCGUUUCUGAGAGCGGAUGGCCGUCCGACGGUGGCGUUGCAGCGACAAGGGAGAAUGCAGAGACUUACUACAGGAAUCUGAUUGAUCACGUGAAGAGAGGCAGCCCGAAGAGGCCGGGGAAAGCCAUCGAGACAUACUUGUUUGCCAUGUUCGAUGAAAACAACAAGCCGGGAGAAAAGAGUGAGCAGCAUUUCGGGCUGUUUUAUCCUAACAAGCAGCCCAAGUACCAAUUUAUCCUCAACAAUGUGUAACAAAGCUGAGGAACAUGGUUGAAGGAACUAUGUUUAUCAAGAUUGUCAGUGCAUGCACUAAUUCAAUGUAAGGGAAAUAAUAGAAAUUAUUACAUCCCAUCAAAAUUAAUUAUA